GGCUCAGAAGACGCUGCAGGAUCAUGCCGGAGACAAGAGGGAGUAUCUGUACACGCGGGAGCAGCUGGAGAAGGCCCAGACGCAUGACAAGCUGUGGAACGGUGCUCAGUAUCAAAUGGUGACGGAGGGGAAGAUGCACGGCUUCUUGAGGAUGUACUGGGCCAAGAAGAUUCUGGAGUGGACCCGCUCGCCAGAGGAGGCUCUCUCCAUCGCUCUGUACCUGAACGACCGCUACGAGCUGGACGGCCAGGACCCCAACGGCUUCGUGGGGUGCAUGUGGUCCAUCUGCGGCAUCCACGACCAGGGCUGGGCAGAGAGGCCCGUUUUCGGGAAAAUCCGCUUCAUGAACUACAAAGGCUGCCUUCGGAAGUUUAAGGUGGCCGAGUUUGAGAGGAAGUACUGUCCUAAGAAGCUGUGAGGCUCCUCCAGGACGUGUUGUCUCACCUCAGGGAGCUUCUCCACCACCUCCAGCAGUGCAGGCCUUACGCUUUGCAUUAUUAGUCUUAUUGAUAUUCGUCCACUCCCAUCACCACUGGAAGCUGUUUGUGGAAGUUGGAGAAACGUUUGUUGUUUCACUUGUUUAACCUGUACAUGCUUUUUUUUACAUCAGCUAU